UGUAGCUGAGAGCUGUGUACGCAGUUGAUUCAGCAUGUGCGUCGGGUACCAUUCGUAAAGUGGUGGUCUCUUAUUCCAGGCACACAUACAGAGAUGCGAGCGGGAGCGCAACUUCUCCGACGAAGCUGUCUUCUUAAUAUUUUAUAGAUUAAUAUAUUUACGUAUCGAUUUCUUGUUUUGCUGAGGACGUUUCGCUACAAUAUGAUUUCAUUGUGAUUUUGCGUGCAUAAUGUACGGGGCGAAGUGAUGCGGCGAUGUAUUUCUUCGGGCAAAAUUGUCACGGGUCCGGAGAGCUGUUGUCAAAUAAGUUCUGUGGGGUAGUUUUAACCGUUAGAAAAAAAUUCAGCUGAGCUCGUAGUAAGCACUGUAAUUGUUUACCUUUGAUAAAAGUGGAUACUGAAUGUGACUGAGGGUUGAAAACCAGUUUGGACAUAGACAGACCUGUCACUACGCAAAAAUGACUAACUACAAGAAUUUGGAGACACAUACCACGCAUAUCUUGCUAUUGGCGGUAUCAAUCAUCUGUACCGCCUUGGGGUCCCGUGCACGUUUUGAGGACAGCCCACCUCGGAUCUUGGAAGACCCCACUGACUUGAUCGUGUCCAAGGGGGAACCCGCAACCCUCAACUGCAAGGCAGAGGGGCGGCCUAACCCCACUGUGGAGUGGUACAAGGACGGGGAGCGGGUGGAAACGGACCGGGAUGACCCUCGAUCUCACCGAAUGCUCCUUCCCAGCGGCUCCCUCUUCUUUCUGCGUAUCGUCCACGGACGACGCUCUAAACCAGACGAGGGCGUCUACACCUGUGUGGCACGUAACUACCUUGGAGAGGCUGUCAGUCGAAAUGCUUCACUGGAAGUAGCCAUCCUGAGGGAUGACUUCCGCCAGGCCCCCAGUGAUGUGGUGGUGGCAGCCGGUGAGCCAGCGGUCCUGGAGUGUGUUCCCCCCCGUGGUCACCCUGAGCCCACCGUCUCCUGGAAGAGGAACAAUGCCCGCGUCAGCAACAAGGAUGACCGCAUCUCUAUGCUUGGGGGCAAGCUGAUGAUCUCCCACUCCAGGAAGAGUGAUGCUGGCAUGUAUGUGUGUGUGGGCACCAACAUGGUGGGAGAGAGGGACAGUGACCCUGCUGAGUUGGUGGUGUAUGAGCGUCCUGUGCUGAUACGGAGGCCGGUGAACCAGGUGGUGAUGGAGGAAGAGACCGUUGAUUUCCUGUGUGAGGUACAUGGAGACCCCGCCCCCACAAUACGCUGGCAUCGAGAGGAGGGGGAGCUCCCCCGCGGGAGGUUUGAGAUCCACAGUGACAACAGCCUACGUCUGACUAGGGUGAGAGGGGAGGACGGGGGAAUUUACACCUGUAUGUCUGAGAACAGCGUGGGCAAGACAGAGGCUUCAGCCACGCUAGAGGUCCAUGUGCCCCCACAGAUCACCAUUAAACCCCAGGACCAGAUCUCCGCUCAGGGGUGCAGUGUCACCUUCCACUGUGGCACCAGAGGAAACCCCUCACCUGCCAUCUUCUGGAAGAAAGAAGGAAGCCAGAUGCUGUUGUUUCCUGGCCAGCCCCUCUCCCAGUCCGGCCGCUACUCCGUUUCCAUGAGUGGUGAGCUGUCCAUCACCGACGUGCACCUAGAGGAUUCUGGGUAUUAUAUCUGCCAGGCCAUCAGUGUAGCAGGAAGUGUCCUGACCAAAGCCCUGCUGGAGGUGGAAGGGGGUCCUUCAGACCGUGUUCCACCAAUCAUCCGUCAAGGCCCAGCCAAUCAGACGUUGGGUCUGGGGUCCGUUGCCCAGUUGCAGUGUCAUGCGAUUGGUGGACCCUCACUAAGGAUCAUGUGGGAAAAGGACGGGGAGAGGAUUGUGGGGGACGACCCCCGCAUGACCCUGAUGGAGAACGGGACACUGCAGAUCACUAAUGUUGAGAAUAAGGAUUCGGGAAUGUACACUUGUGUGGUGUCCAGCGCCACGGGCGAGUCGAGCUGGAGCGGGACACUCACCAUGAGAGAGGACGGAGCCCCUGGGUCAUCAGUUCCCCGGGUGUCAGAGUCCAUCCAGCUGCCAGGGCCGCCCCAGAAGCCUGUGGUGACGGAUGUGACCAGGAAUACAGUCACCCUCACCUGGCAGUCCAACCCCCACGAGGGUGGGGCCGCUGUCACCUCCUACAUCAUCGAGGCCUUCAGCCAAUCUGUUGGCAGUGUGUGGCAGACGGUAGCUGACCACGUGAAACAGGAGAAGCACACCGUCAUCGGCCUGUACCCAAACACUGUCUACCUGUUCAUCGUCCGAGCAGUCAACUCCUACGGUCUGAGUGACCCCAGCCCAAUCUCUGAACCCAUCAGGACACAGGAUGGGAGUCCUACAGAGCAGGGGGUAGACCACAGACAGGUGCAGAGAGAACUAGGGGAGGUGUCUCUCUACCUGCAGAAGCCUGUGGUCCUAUCACCCAGCAGUGCCCAGGUCUCCUGGACUGUGGCACGUCAGUCUCAGUACGUGCAGGGAUACAGGCUGCUGUACCGCUCCACUGGCAGCGCCUGGUUAGUCCAGGAUGUGAAAGUGGGGCCUGAGCUCACCACUGUCCUAUCAGACCUGCACACGGACACAGAGUACGAGGUGAAGGUCCGCCCCUACUUCAACGAGCUGCAGGGACUGGACAGCCCCCUGGUGCAGCUACGCACCCCUGAGGAGGUGUUAAGUGCUCCCCCGCAGGCUGUGUCGGUGGUCCAGCUCAGCAACAGCUCUAGCAUCAGUGUCUCCUGGGAACCUCCCCCCGCUGGUGUUCAGAGUGGUACAGUCCUGGAGUACAAGGUCUGGUGCCUGGGGAGUGACACUGAGUUGAAGACAGAGAGCCAUAUCAACAGGACAGUUGAUGGAGCGGGUUUGUCCAUCCUACUGACUGGGCUGCUGCCAGACCUCCAGUACAGUGUGAUGGUGGCUGCAGUCACCAACUUGGGAGUGGGUGAACACAGCCCACCUAUAGACCUGGUCCUCACCCUGUCACUGGACAUGCCUUCAGACCCUCUGCAGAAAGACAGCAGCCUCAGUCUAUCAGAGCAGAUCACGGGAGUGGUCAGCCAACCAGCGUUCAUCGCUGGGUUGGGUGUGGCCUCGUGGCUGGUGCUCAUGGGCUUCAGUGGUUGGCUGUACUGUCGCCACCGCAGAAGGAAAGAGCUGGGACACUACACCACCUCAUUUGCCUACACACCUGCAGUUGGAUUUGCUCACAGUGAAGGAUCUGGUCUCAGCAACGGAAGUAGACCAGGGAUGCUGGGCUCCAACAUGGGGAACUACCCAUGGCUAGCAGACUCCUGGCCAGCCCCUGGUCUUGCCCACAAUGGAAAAGACUCAGUCAACUGUUGCUCUGGCAAACUGGACUCUACAGACAGAUACUACAAUGUUGGCAUCUCCAAUUACCUGAGCCAGUCUGAGAAGUACAGCUCAGUGUCCACAGACUGUCCCAUCUACAGCACCAUCAAUACAGCUGCUGCCGAGGACCUGCAGGGUUUAGCCUACUACAACAAAUACUCCAACACCCAGGGCUCCAACACCCCCUACACCCAGGGCUCCAACACCCCCUACUCCCAGGGCCCUGACCCCUACGCCAUUACCCCCGUCCUCUCCAACUCUGGCCUCUUCGGUCUGGAGCAAGACCUGGACCAGUUGACCGUCCAGUCUAGAGAGUACGCCAAGCUGCAGUACGCCAGGACAAGCAAUGCCAAGCUGGUGAAGCAGAGGUCCACGUGUCCUCCAUCCAAGCCUGCACCACUCAACUGGGAGGACGUGCUGUCUCUACCACUGCCUGCUAAUAAAGAACGGGGUUACACAACGAGAGACAGGGAUGAGGGGAGGAGCAGUAGCUCAGAUGAGGAUGAGGAGGACUGGUGUCCCCCGCUGCCAGCCAGGACCUACCUGAUGGAAGGCUCCAGGGAUGAGUUACCCAGCCUGCCAUCCUCCAGAAGAGAGGAGCUGACCCAGGGCUCCACCUCCAGCCUGCGGUCCACAGCCAUACUUCCCCCCUCCCCUCAGGAGGAGACACACCCCCCUAACCCCAACGACAGCCCCCCGCUGCAGCACUUUGACCUGCUGGCCUGCUACGGGCCCAGUUCCCAGGUCUCCCAUUCCAACCCCAACCUGUUUGCCAAUAAGGAGGAUGUCAGCGGGCCAUAUGAUGUCAGCGGGCCAUACCACACCAACCAAUGGGGAGACACCUUCAUGGGGGAGAGCUAUAUUUCAGAGAGGAGUGGCGGAGGAGGACAAUCUCCUUUCCUGGCUGAGUACGCUCAUGCUACUCAGGGGCACAGAACCAGGAGCAAGAAGAAAGUCCUCAGGGAGGGCCAGCACCGACGAGAGCUGCAUGACCAAGCAGUCUGUGCAGACCUGCCCCCUCCGCCGGCCCCACCCCCUGCAGCAGAUGACCCCCUGCAGCUCCUGGCUGAUGUGCUGGGCUGCAGCCGGACAUCGUCGGCGGACAACUCGCCGACUCUGCAGAGGAGAGGAGACUACCCCUCACCCCAUAAGAGGGGGCCUGCCAUGUGGGGCUCACAAGAUGAGAGUGUAAUCCUGUACUGCCCAUCCAGCUUUUUGCCCCGGGGCCAGAUGUCAGGCUACGGUUCCCUUGGUGGAGGGGCCUCCUUGCGGGCUUCAACUGGACAGAGAGGGCCUGGAGCUGUCCGGAGGAGGGACGAGAACCUCAUGUAGCUGGAAGCAGAUUAUGUGAUGUGAAGUUCUCCGCCAUGUGUUUUUUAAAAGGUUGUUUUGCUGCUUCCACUUUUGCUGAAAUCCAGCCUGUUGCCAUGGUGUCAAAGAAGAGCUGAAUACAAAAGUGAAAGCAUUUAGGCUUGCCACCUGCUUUUUCAAUAUUAGUUCAUAUUUGUGUUUUUUAUUUAUUCAUAAUUUGUAUGUGAUUUGAUGUCCUGCCUCUGUAUAUAAACAUCUUUGCAACUUUUUUUAAACAUGACCUGGGAUAAAGAUAAUAUAUUGUAUUUUAAGAAAAGGGAAAGAAAGUCUUAAAAUGACUAAAGAUAUUAUACAUCAGAUGUUUGAAUGUACCUUAUGUUUAUUGUUUACCAUGGUGAUGUUUGUGUAAUGAAAGGAUAUGAGGCAGAAACUCUGUUAACAAGACCUGAUAGUUGGGCAUCUGUGAGGUUCUGUGAGUGUGUUUACCGUUUCUCUUUCUCUCUCAUGCGUGCUGUCAUUGUGGAGUCAACCUCCUGCUUCUUCUAAACAGGCAUAUCGAUCUUUUCAACAGCAGAUGAAAUAGCCUUGUCAUUUUAGGUUGUGAUGCUGAAAAUGUGUGAACCUAUACCCUUGUUAAACACCAAUGUUAUGUUCUGUCAUCAGUGGAAUGAUUUGUUAAAAAAUACCAAUAAAACAUUUGUUACUCUAAA